AUGAUUGCAAGAAGCUCAGAUCUUCCCAAGAAAUCCAUCAAAUUGAAGCAAGAUAACAAAUUCUCUUCUAGGCCCCCAUCUAGAGAGAUCUCGGUGACCACCUCUGUGGAAGUCUACUAUGGAGGAGCUUCUGUUGGUGUACCAUUUUCGUGGGAAUCUCAACCGGGGACGCCUAAAGUCAAGUUCAACGAAAACCCGCUUCCUCCUCUUACGCCUCCACCUUCCUUCCAUUUUAAUUCCACGAAAAACUGCAUAAAAAAACACUCAAAGCGCAAUCUUUUCCACACUAUUCUCCCUAUGUUCUAUCUGAGGAAAGCCAGUCACCCACAAUCUCCUGCAUCAUCAUUAUCAUCAUCAUCAUCAUGGUCAUCGUCACGUUCUUUGCCUUCUUCUCCGUUUACUCCUCCAAAUAUAUGGGGAAAGUUCCAUGAGGAAGACGAACAUGGAUCACCUGUUUCAACAUUGUGCUUUGGGAUUGGUCGUGGUACAACAGCUAGGCCCCGAGGUUGCUCUUCAAACAUAAUCAAGGUACUGCUCAGAGAAUUUGCAUGA